GUGGGCGACGUUGGCGCUAUACCAGCGAUGAGGCGCAAGAGAGUUUGCUCUAAAUUGGUCUGACAUGCUCGGACAAGCUCGAUCGAGCCUUUGUGUAGCGCUUGCUCGACUGAAGCAAGCCAAGUGAGCAAGUAUAUCUCUCCUCGACCCGUGCUGACGGCUUGAGCCAAUUUGACCUGGUCAAGCACGAAAAUCGACCUGUCCAUAGCUAAGCCAUCAGUCUGAGGCUGCUCCACCAGCUUCAGACUGUCUGGUCGGCUCAUACCCGAGCUCCAAGGUGGGUGUAUGAUGAUGGCAGCGUAGGCCGUUGCAGCCAAAAAGCGCGUCCCUCGUGUGCGCGACGAGCCAGCAGUCAGUCGAUCCAGGUCCUCACAGCAGCGGCCCGUCGCAGCAUGCCAGGCUUCUUCGACGAUGAUGACGACGACGAACAGUCACCGAUCGUGCAGCCACCGCCGCCCGUGCCGCGAAGAAGUCCGCCUCGACAGAAUGGAGGCGCCAUAGCAGGACCGGGUCCUCGCUCACUUGCAGCAGCCGCUGCAGCUCAAAAGCCGUUGCCGAACGAGCUCGCUACGUCUCGCGGCUUCUUCGAUGAUGACGAGGAGCAGACGAGCAACGGCAGGACCGAGGCUUCGCCAGCAGGCACGCGACAUGUACCUAAUGGCAAAGCGGCGGCCCGGCAUAGGACAGAAUCUGAGGCUACCCAGCUGCCCCUAGAUGUCUCGGAGGGUUACCAAGCUAGUAGAGAGACUUCCAGAGUAACGCGCGACACGAAGCGGCAACGAAUGAGAAGUCGAGAUGAAAUCGCAGGCGGAGCUUUUGACCUGGAUCUUGACCUCACGUUCGCCGAAGAGGACGCCCUGCUCCUCGAUGAUACUCAGACCAACGAGAGUCAGAUAGAAACUCUGCGACGGCAUUGGCAGAACGAGCGGAUGGCACCAGAAGUCUUGCCGCAUCAGGAGGAUCUUGUCGACUCUUUGCUAGAGCAGAUAGAGCAACAGACGGAUGCGGUCAAUCUGCUCAAAGAUGGAGACUCGACGAGCGAAGAGCUCCACUUUCAGCUCAUGCUCGUCCAGACUGACAUGGAGCGCGUCAAAUGGCUUCUGCAGUCAUAUCUGCGUACUCGUAUGGACAAGAUUGAACGAUUUGCUCAGUAUCUGCUCGCCGACGCGGAAGCAAAGGCAAAGCUCACUUCCUUAGAAAGCGAAUACCUGACAAGAUACCAACGCAUGGUCGACAAGCUGAUGGUCAACAGCUUCGUGAAAGGACUGCCCGAACGCUUACAAGCCCUAGAUACCGAAGAGAUGGUCGAGCUGCCGGACAUGAGAUCGGGCAUCAUUUGCAUGGUCAGACGUGCUUGCGGACCCAUACAGCUCCCCAGUGGCGAAGAGCUGGACCUCGAACCGGAAUCUAUCCACCUGCUGCAGUAUCACGCUAUCAGGCCAUUACUUCUCAGGGGAGAUAUCAGGCUAGUGUAGCAGAUGCACGCAUGUAUAUAACAGUGGAUGUCAUCCCAUUUUCAGGCCG